CCGGCCUUGCUUCUUUCCUUGUGCUUAAUUGGCAACCAUGUCCACUUCUGCUGAGCCGCACUCUCUUCUGAACUGUACUGUCAAAGAACUCGCAGAUUACAGCAUCAGUGGUGCCGCCUCUUUGCCCUCAGCUUACUUCAACCACUGCCCCGCCGUUGCUGAAGCCGAACCCGUUGUCAACGAAGAGAUCCCAACCAUUGAUGUUUCUCUGCUAAAAAAUGGAACUCCUGAGGAACGUUCCAGGGUUAUCCUUGAUAUUGGGCGGGCCUGUGAAGAGUGGGGCUGCUUUAAUGUUGUGAAUCAUGGUAUAUCAGAGAGCUUACAGACGGCGAUGAUGGAAGCGUUCACCAAGUUCUUCAACCUCACAGAGGAGGAGAAGAAAUAUUACACGAAAACGAAUUUGUAUGAGCCGGUCUGCCAUGGCACGAGCAGUAAUUUGAUGGGCAUGGAUGUGCGAUUUUGGAGGGAUUUUCUUAGGGUUGUGGUCCAUCCGGUGUUCCACUACCCAGACAAACCUCGUGAUUUCAGAGCGAUAUCAGACGAGUAUGCACAUAAGACCAGAGAGAUCUACAAUGAACUACUCAGAGCAAUAUGGGAAAGCCUUGACCUGGACGUAAGUUUCAUGGAAGAGUCUUUAGAAUUAAAAUCAAGCCGUCAAACUCUGGUAGGAAAUCUCUAUCCUCCGUGCCCACAACCAGAGCUGGUCUUGGGGUUACCUCCUCACUCUGAUCCCUGCCUUGUCACUCUUCUUAUGCAAAACAAAGGUUUCAAUGGCCUCCAAGUUCUUCACAAUGGCAAAUGGAUCGUCAUCCAACUACUUCCUCGCUCUUUACUCUAUCUUACUGGAGAUAUUAUAGAGAUUGUUAGCAAUGGGAGGUAUAAGAGCAUAGUGCAUAGGGCCAUGGUUAGCAGCGAGAGCACGAGGAUUUCAGUUGCGACUCAGGUAACACCUCCUAUUGAAAAUGUUACUUUUGCUCCUGCGCCAAAGUUGCUUGAAAGAUCUAAUUGCUCUACUAUAUUUCGUGGCAUCACAUUCAAAGAGUUCUUUGCAUUAAAAUUUCAGCACAAAUCGAUGAAUUCUAUUAUGGAUUUUAUAAAGGUGUGAUUUGUAGUAUGAAUUUCUAUGAGAUCUUAUAAAGAACAAUAUGAUGAAAUCGAAUGUAACCUAUAAAGCAUUCUGUAUAAAAAACUUCCUCAGCUAUGUUAUGUCAGUAAAAUGUAUUACCAUGUGUGGGUAUGUGGGGGCUAUCAUCCCCAGAUUAUUAUUGUAAUUUGUAAGUGUGAAUCUGCCAUUGCUGUAACUAUAAUGAUAAUUGUUGGAAAUAGUUGUGGAUUAUGCAUAA